AUGGAGGAUCUGAGGACUGGAGCUCUGUUAUUGGCGCUGUUCUCUCUGUGUCGGGCUGCAUCUCUGCCCAAUUUUGUCUUGUUGUUUGCGGAUGAUUUGGGGUUUGGAGAUUUGGGAUGUUCGGGUCACCCCACAUCUCUUACCCCCAACCUAGAUCGACUGGCGGCUAAUGGACUCCGAUUCACUGACUUUUACUCCACCAGUCCUGUCUGCAGCCCCUCCAGAGCCUCUUUGUUGACAGGCCGUUACCAGACGCGGUCUGGCAUCUACCCCGGUGUGCUGUACCCGGGUUCUAGAGGUGGGCUUCCCCUCAAUGAGACCACCAUUGCAGAAGUGCUGAAGCCUCUAGGUUAUGCCACUGCCAUGAUGGGGAAAUGGCACCUGGGCUACGGGGCAAAUGGUACUUACUUACCCACACGACAAGGCUUUGACCACUACCUUGGCAUCCCAUACUCCCAUGACAUGGGUCCCUGUCACAAUCUGACGUGCUUCCCACCGGAUGUGAAGUGUUACGGCUACUGUGAUGUUGGGGUGGUGACGGUUCCUCUGAUGCACGGUGAAACCAUCAAGCAGCAGCCUGUGGACUUCGUGCAGCUUGAAGAUGCCUACAGCGAUUUUGCUACUGACUUUAUCAGCACAGCAGCACAGAAGCAUCAGCCAUUUUUUCUUUAUUAUCCUUCACAUCACACUCACUACCCGCAGUACGCCGGAUGGAAGUCGGUGAACCGAACCCUCCGGGGGCCUUUUGGAGAUUCGUUGCUGGAGUUUGACUCCACUGUAGGAAACAUCCUGCAAACUUUGGAGAAAACAGGAAUCCUCAACAACACCCUCGUCUUCUUCACAGCCGACAAUGGGCCCGAGCUCAUGCGAAUGUCCCACGGAGGAAAUGCCGGCUUGCUUAAGUGUGGUAAAGGCACGACAUAUGAAGGAGGAAUGAGAGAACCUGCCAUUGCUUACUGGUCUGGAAUCAUCAAUCCAGGUGUCACUCACAGCCUCUCCAGCACCCUGGAUAUCCUGCCGACUUUCGCCAAACUGGCUGGAGCUUCAUUACCCAAAGUCCAACUGGAUGGUGUGGACAUGACGGAUAUAUUGUUUAACCAUGGACCAGGUCAGAGGGAGGCCAUGUUCUUCUACCCUGUAGACCCCAGUGAGAAGUUCGGUGUGUUUGCAGUGAGGAUGGGAAGAUAUAAAGCUCAUCAUUACACACGGGGUGCAUCUCACAGUGACACCACUCCAGAUCAGGACUGUCACCCGAUUUCUGGCCUGAAGCAUCACGACCCUCCUCUGCUGUUCGACCUGGAAUCCGACCCCUCUGAGAACUACAGUUUAAGCCUAAAGGAUCAUCCAGAACUGACUGAGGUGCUGCGGAGAAUCCAGGAUCUCAAGGACCGGUUUGAGGCGUCAAUGCAGUUUGGAGAGAGUGAAAUUGGAAAAGGAACCGAACCUAAUCUGGAACCUUGCUGUAGACCACAGUGCUCGCCUAAACCUGAAUGCUGCGAGUGUCGUGUUACACUAAUCACUGGUGAUAAAUAGUUCAGCUUUUUCUGAAAGACUAAACACUGGAAAUUGCACAUUGUGGUCUUAACUGGGGAAUGAUUAGUGCUCAUGAAUCUACUGUACAUGAUCAAUGAGAGAAGCUCUUGUAGAAUGCAACACAUUAGUAACAUUUUAACAUGAAUUUUAUCAAUCGAUUUAUCCUGGUCAGGGUCGUAGCAGACACGGUUCCAUGGGGAAACACUGGGCACAAGCUUGAAUACCCCUGACAGGGUGGUAAUCCAUCACCGGACUUCGAUCAUCCCCCCUGCCCUCCUCAGACACUGUAUUACCAAAUGUGUCUGUGUAGACACCCAGCCGGCUGACAGCACAGCUACGAUUAAAACCUGGAUCUCAGAAGGUUUGAUGACUGUAUGUUUGUUGUUUUAAAUAAACUCUUGACUUUGUUAAUGUGGGUUGAUCCAACUCUUCUUAGGUUCUUAAGUUUGGUUAUUUUUAUGAGGACGUUAGAUAAAUGCUAGAUAACACCUAAAUUUAUUCACUUGUGCUUUAGAAA